UUUCAGUCUAAUUAAUUACAUGAAAAUUGUGGAAAUGAAAGGCUUAACGAAUGUCAUCAAAUUCGAUCAUCAGGGUUUCCGCACCGAUUUCGUCUUAGACAUUGUCGAAUUAAGUCAGAGUGGUAUACGCAAAAUUGGAAAUUGGAAUUCCACAUCGCCAGAGGGCAUUAAUUUCACUCGCACCUUUAGUCAGAAACAGCAGGAAAUUGAGGCGAAUUUAAAAAAUAAAACUCUUAUAGUAACAACCAUUUUGAGUAAUCCGUAUUGCAUGCACAAAGAGUCUGUCAUAUCAUUAAGUGGCAAUGAUCAGUUUGAGGGUUACGCGGUUGAUCUGAUUCAUGAGAUAUCCAAAUCUUUGGGUUUUCAUUAUAAAAUUCAGUUGGUGCCCGAUGGCAGUUACGGGAGCUACAACAAACUAAAUGGCGAAUGGAAUGGCAUGAUCCGGGAACUGUUGGAACAGAGAGCCGAUUUAGCUAUAGCCGAUUUGACAAUAACAUUUGAGAGGGAGCAAGCUGUUGAUUUUACUACGCCUUUCAUGAAUUUGGGAGUUUCGAUUCUCUAUAGGAAGCCGGUGAAGCAACCGCCUAAUUUAUUCUCAUUUCUCUCGCCGCUCUCUCUGGAUGUUUGGAUUUAUAUGGCGACUGCUUAUCUCGGCGUAUCGGUUUUAUUAUUUAUAUUAGCCAAAUUUACACCUUACGAAUGGCCAGCGUACACCGAUCCCAAUGGGGAAAAAGUUGAAAAUCAAUUUACUUUACUUAACUGCAUGUGGUUUGCCAUUGGCUCCCUAAUGCAACAAGGUUGCGAUUUUCUCCCAAAAGCCUUAUCAACACGUAUGGUGGCCGGCAUGUGGUGGUUUUUCACAUUAAUUAUGAUUUCUUCGUACACUGCAAACUUGGCUGCUUUCCUUACCGUCGAGCGUAUGGACUCUCCGAUCGAAGGCGCAGAAGACUUAGCUAAACAAACUAGAAUAAAAUACGGGGCUUUGAAAGGGGGCAGCACAGCGGCCUUUUUUAGGGAUUCGAAAAUUUCCACUUACCAACGCAUGUGGUCGUUUAUGGAGUCGGCCAGGCCAUCGGUGUUUACCUCGAGCAAUGGUGAAGGAGUGGAAAGAGUAGCGAAAGGGAAAGGAAAUUACGCCUUUCUAAUGGAAUCGACCUCAAUCGAGUACGUUACUGAACGUAAUUGCGAAUUAACUCAAGUUGGCGGUAUGCUGGACACUAAGAGUUACGGUAUUGCCACCCCACCGAAUUCGCCUUAUCGCACUGCGAUAAAUAGCGUAAUUUUGAAGCUUCAAGAGGAGGGCAAAUUGCAUAUACUAAAAACGAAAUGGUGGAAAGAGAAACGCGGCGGUGGAAAAUGCCGUGUAGAGACUUCGAAAUCUUCAUCAGCCGCCAAUGAAUUGGGCUUAGCGAAUGUAGGCGGUGUAUUCGUAGUCCUUAUGGGCGGCAUGGGUGUGGCUUGUGUUAUUGCUGUCUGCGAAUUUGUGUGGAAAUCCAGAAAAGUUGCCGUCGAAGAACGUUUGAGUGCCAUUUUACAGGAAUAGAUAAAAGCAAAAAAAAGCCGCAACAAGCACGCAAUGAAUAAUAAAUUUCAAUACUAAAUAUAGGAAAAUUUCA